UUAUUUCGGUGCGCUCGAAAUGCUUUAAGACGGAACCUUGUCCCUACCGGGCACCUGUCAACACAAAGAUGAAGACCAGGAUCAUGUGAUUGUCGAUCGCCCAGAUAGUUUUGUAGCUGAGCGAGGUCACGUCAGCCGGAGACAGGUGAAGACUGACUGAUACCAGAGUCUAUUAUAUGGUCUCUGCUGAUAUUAGGGCUGAUUAAUGUUUCGACUGCAGCCCCAACUGGAGAUACACAGACCCUUUCGGCAUCUUUUGUCCACCAAAACCAAGUGUCAAGUAUCCGAUCCUCCUCAACCAAGACCUACCACAUUUUUCAGAGGCGGCAUGAAGCUGAAGCAGUUUGUUCAGCAUCAGGUGUUUGAACUCAUCUACCUCCUUGUCCUCGCCUUCCUGCCCUUCUUUGUGGCCCAGAAGGUGGUAGGUCUUAUCAUCCUCACUGUUAUUGGAGUGUCCGGCUUCUACUAUCUCUUCAAGAGGUUGAUGAACAAGACUAUUGAAAUCACAGGACAGGCUGUUCUCAUUACUGGUUGUGAUUCAGGAUUUGGCAAUGCCAUUGCAAGAAGACUGGACAGCAUGGGCUUCCUGGUGCUGGCUGGCUGUCUGAAUGAAAAGGGCAGUGGUGCUGAGAGACUCCAGGCCAGCGCGUCCGGCCGGAUCCAUGUGUUUGAGCUCGAUGUAACCAGUGACUACAGCGUGGAGAGCUGUCUGGAGAUGGUCAAUCAGCUGACCAGUGAGAGAGGACUGUGGGCACUGAUAAACAAUGCUGGCAUCAACUUUGAGGGGGACUUUGAAUUCUGCACACUGGACAUGUACCGACAGGUGAUGGAGGUCAACCUUUACGGAACUAUUCGCAUGACCAAAGCAUUUCUUCCUCUCAUUAGGCGAGCUAAAGGUAGGGUCAUAAAUGUGAGUAGUGCCAAAGGUCAGCUUGCUGCCCCCGGCAACUCUGUCUGUGGUGUCUCCAAAUUUGGACUGGAAUCAGUGUCCGAUGUUUUGCGUCUAGAGUUGAGCCAGUUUGACGUGAAGGUUGUGGUUGUGGAGCCUGGCAACUUUGGUGGUGCAACUGGCAUGCUUAGCAAACCCACGUUGACGAGGAUGCGAGAUGAAUAUGACGAGAUGUGGGAGAAGGCUUCCAGUGAUGUGAAGGAGACGUACGGCAAGGCGUACCUAGAUGCCAAAUAUGAUGCAAUCGCCCAGUCUGCCUCCACCACAUGCUCCACCCUGGCACCUGUCGUUGAUGCCCUGGAGGACUCAGUGUGUAAUGUCAAUCCCCUCACCAGAUAUCUUGUCAGCGGCAGCAACCAGUGGGUUGACUUCUUUGUUAUUUUGAUCUACUUGAAAACGAUCCUGCCAGUCAGUUGGAUUGAUUCUCUCAUAAUCAAGGAAUUCAUCCAGCCCUACCCCAGAGCUGCACAAGCUGUCAGAUAGUCUCGGCAGCCACCAUCACCAUGGAAACAGUUAUUUGUGUUUUAAAUAAUAUGAUUUUUUAAUUGGGACUAUCUUACUGACUGCAUAUUUGAAAACAUCACAUUGUUGAAAGCUGAGGUUUGACUGCUGGUUCCUACAUGCCCUGGUGUGAUAUAGUCACUUCCACCACCAUAUAUCUCACCUGUGAAUGAAACAGUCUCAUCAGUAUGGCGAUAUAGAACCAAGGAUAGCAUUUAUAUAACUUUCAGGAUUGUGUGCUCUUUCUAAUCAGUGGCACUUUUCCAACCAAACUUCCCACCCUGUAUUUUCUGUUAUUUAUUUGAUGCAUGAAGAAAGAUUUUUGUAUAUUUAUCCAGUCAAGAAACUGAGUUCAUGUUGUACUUUUGUGUAUUCAGUCUGUCUCUGUGAUUUUACUUGUCCUUUUAUCAUACACCUAGGUGUGGAAUAC